CUCAUCCAUCUCAUCCAUCUCAUCCAUCUCAUCCAUCCCAUCCUAUCCGUCCCGCGCGCUGCCCUCUGGACCAUCUGUCCCUCUGUCCAUCCUGUCGCCAUGGACAACUCCAAGGGUCCCAACAAGCUCAGCACCUUCUUCAGGCAGCUCUCUCUGCCUCGGCCUCAUAGGUCCAAGUCGUCUGGCCCCUCCCGUCCAUACGACGGCUCGCCGCGACCCGCCAAUGUCAUAUCCCACCCCAUCAUCAUCUCCAACUCGCCUGAAGCCUUCUAUGGCGAGCCCUCCACCCGCAGGACCAACCCGCUCAACUUCCAGGACGACCACCGCCACGCCGAUCCGCAGGAAAGCAGCCCAUACAUCCCGCCGCGCACUGAUUCGCAGGUCGCCCUGCAAUUCAAGUCAAGCACCCUUCCGCGGCGAUACGGCGGUUCACAGGACGCUCUUCCCCCGACGCAGUUCAAGCGACGCUCCUACACCGUUACCAAGGCCUCGCCGGUUCCGAGCUACGCUGUCGUUCGCAAGUCGCAUGCCCUGAACCAGGUCCAAAUCACCCGAGUGCCCAGGCCGCUCGACGACUCUCCUGUGUUUGCCGAGGCAUCUCCUCCGCGCAGCCCCCGCAACCCAGCCCGCACCGAGGUCUCGCCCAAAGCCAGCACUGCGUCGCCCGCGCCACCGACUCCCUCGGCUGGAUCGUCCGACCCGGCCUCGGAUGAAUGGCUCGACGUUGACCCCGACCGCCAGCAGCAGCUCGAGGACCCGGUGUUUGAGCCCGCUGUUACCGACUUUGAGAUCCGAAGGAAGCGGGUGUCCAUCUAUCGCACCCGAACAGACGACAACCGCAGGGUGCUGUCCAUCCACAAGCCGCAGCUCCAUCGCUACUCGCGUGUAUCCUUCAUCCGGCUUGAUGCUCGCCACUACCUUGGCGAUCCGCAUCAUCCCGACGCCCCUCCACAUCCACACGGCCUUCCCCUCCCUCUCCCAGACCACCAGGCCGGCAAUUCGUCCAGGCCCGAUCUUGUCUCCUCCCUUCAGGCUUCCGACAGUUCGUCAGAUCCUCGCCGCAAAACCCUGACCUAUCGCAGCCCUGGCCUCCUUCGAAUCGACUCCUUCAGCUCGGUCUUCAGUCACGACGACCGCAAGUCGCUGGAUUCGGUCGAAACAGCAAACCGACAGAGCUAUCACUACGAAACACUCCCGGCCCAGAAAAUCGACAACACUCACAUCAUGGCCAAGCUUCUGAGCAAGGGCCAGCGUGCUUUCUGGGGCACUGUGAAGCAAAUCGCUCCACAACGAGCGCCUCCUCGGCACGACCGUCCCCGUCAUAGGGUUGCCCGGCCGCUGGAUGACGACGAUGGCUGGCAAGAUGUCGACUCUGUCGGCGAUUCCUUGGCCACUGUAGCGGCUGAAGCGCUUGCUCCUGCCACAGCUCUUCCAUCGGUCGUCGUUGCCUCCGAAGCCACUGCCGCCCGACUUUCGCCCUUUACCGACCUCAACAAGUCUGCCGACUCUGCGGCCCCGCCAAUGAAACGAACCCCGACCGUUACCUUCGCCACCGUCGUCUCUGAGAUUUCGAUCGACCAGGCUCCAGCCGAACCCGCGGCUGAGCCUGACUACGCAGCCGCACUCGAUUCGGCCGCGGGUAUCAAGCCAAAGUCUCCAAAGGCAUCGCCACGUAUCCUGAACAGCAAUCCAUUCGGAUUCUCUCGGUCCAAGAAGAGACGCUCGGGCCAGAAGCGCAAGUCGGAUGAGGCAGGAUCUCGGCCCCCGUCCACUCGGCUUUCCAAGCUGUUCCACAAGCGGGGUUUCGCCAAACGCCUGACCAACAGCAGCUUCAAGAUCGAGGUUCUGCAUGAGGGCUGGGACGAUCUGGACGACGUCCCGCUUGCUCAAUUAGCUGCAGCGCCUAUUGAGUCAUCGGCUCUUGCAGUGUCUGCAGCAAGCGUUGGCUCGGCCGUCACAAUCCCCGCUCCUUCCGUCGGAGCGGUCUCGCCAUCACAGCCGUUGCAAUCUUCUGACAAGGACGAGCGGGGUCCCGAGGCUGCUGUUGCAGUAGAAUCGGAUUUACUGGGGGUCCGGACUGCGAGGCCCUCUGCCAGCCGACCCAGGAUGUCCUAUGUUGCUCAGAUGGUUCAGUCCUUCGAAGCCAUCAAUGUCAAGGAAGCCUCACAGACAAGCCCAGUGGCCCGCAAGCACCAGAGCAAUGUCUCGCUGCUCAAGCCGUUGGCAGCACUCAAGACCAUUGGCGAGUCCAACCGAGAAUCUCUUACCGACUCUGUCCUCGACAGCCAUCUCACGGAUACCCUGGAUGCCAUAGCCUCGUACCAGGCCGAGUCUCCGUCGCUCUCGCUCCGCCCUGUCGCCGACGGCCCCGAACCAAGCACCGAUGAACGUGCAUCAAUGGCCAGUGCCCCGCAACCCACGAUUGAACUGCCGGCUAUGGGUCUGAGCGCCGAAGACAUCAUUGUCUUCAAGGAAGAUGUUGACCUGGCUCCGCUCACGCUUUCGUCCGAAUCGUCCUCCAGUAAUGUCGGCCGCUCCACUUCGACCCAGCAAGAACAAAGUAUCUCCGCAGGUAGCUCCGACACCCAUAACCGCCUGAGCAGUGACCGCGACUCCUACUCGGAUCAAGACCGUGCCUUUUUCGACUCGCUCAAUGUCAUUGUCAGCGAGAUGAUGAAGCCCAAGCGCUACGUGGACCACAUGUCCCCAGAAGCGGCGGCAGGCAGCCCAUCGGUCUCGCACGCUGCCGAUGGCUCGUCUACCGCAAUCGGUCGCUCGGAACACAAGAGUGGCUCGCCCUUCAACAGUCUCGGGCGUAAGCGCACUGCCCGGGCUGCCGUGGUUCUGACAGAAGAUAAUCCGCUGAUUCGCGAGCUCAAGACACCGCCAUUGCGGGGCCGGUCUCCACCCGCUGGCUACGAAGACCGUCCUGCUAUCGAGCGCCAGCGGUCGAUGCAGCGCGCUGUUGCCGCUGGUGGCGAAGCCUUUGUGGAUGGGACUUUGGACUCGCGACGAGGCCGCAACAUCUCUCCCUCUAUCGAGCGCAAGCGAUCCAACCGCUCGCCGUUCGUGGAGGGCGACGCAGUUCGCGGUCCAAGGGAUCCACAUGGCCAUGAUUCGACCAUGCACCCCCAAGCGCCUGUACAUGGUAUUCCGCCAAGAAAUAUCCUGCGCUCGCCCGAUCGAUCUCUUGAUCGCAAGCCCAGGACCAUCGAGCCCGAGGAAGACUGGGAUCCGUAUCCCUCGACGGCUGCGGUGGACGAAGCUGCCGUCCGCAAGCCGUUCCGAUCGAUCGAUCGAUCUCUGGAUCGGAAGCGUUCAAACCGAGUGCCGCCACCCCCAUCGAGUGAUAAUCCCAUCAUUCGUGAGCCCAAAACCGAGGCCGAGAUGGCCCAGCCGACUCCGACGCGAACGCCCAGGAGCCCCAGCCCGUACCACUCGCUCGAGCGCAAGCGAUCGCCGCGCACGGUUCCUGCAGCCUCGGUCGACAAUCCCUUGAUCUGGGAGACCAAGACCACCGCCGAGCAGGACGAGGCUCUGCAAAGCUACCCGUCGAACGCCAUAUCUACCAUCAACCACUACCAAUCCAUGUCGGCCACUCGCACCGGAUCCGUCCGCCAAACGCCCAAGCCCACCCCUGCCGAAGUCUUCUUCAGCAUGGAUCCGUACGAAGCGGCACUGCGCCGUCUGGAGAACCGCAAUGUCCACGAGCCAGCAUCGUCGCUCUUGAUACCACCCGCCCAGAUCCCAUCCAUGAGUCGCUCCAGAAGCAACACCGGCUCAGACUCGCCAUCGCUGUCGGGCAGAAUUCCAGAGUCGGAGCGGCCACGCAUGGCCAUCGCCACAGUGGUGCCUGUUUCGCACGUUGUCCCGACAAUGGAGCGACAGUCGUCUCGAUCGCGGUCGGUCGAGCGCAAGGCCACCGCCAUCCGGGUGCUCUCGACGCCAAAGAUGCAGACGGCGACUCUCGAGCGUGUUCGAGAGCCUCGCGAGGAAUAUCCGCAACUCUUGACAGAGGUCUCUGCUCGCCCUGUCGAUUCUGUUGCCCCGACCAUGGACUAUGCAGCUCGGCCCUUCGAGGGCUCCUCUCGGGAUCAAGACUAUCCCCACCUGAGCCGUGCAGCAGAGUCCUAUUCCGACGUCCUGCCCACCUUUCCCGUCCCGCCUCCGAACAUUCCGUUUGUGCCCGUUGUUCUGACCACCCCUGCUGUCAGCGCAGGCCACCCUGCAACAGCGCCAUCGAUGCCGCGGGCCGCGACGGCCACACCACCGCUGCCAUCCGCCGCCAAGGUCUCUCCGUCGCAUUCCGAGUCGCCCAUUUACCCGACAAUUGGAUCGUCGUCGUCAACGUCGCUGCUCCCCACGGCAUCGGGAGCACCUGCUGCCCCGCUCGGCAAGAAAAAGACCAUGAAGGCUCCGACCCGCAGUGCAACCGUGUCGAUGCAAAUGUAGCCGGUCGGUCUUGUCGCCGUCGUCAUCCGAAAACGGUCAUCCCAGGCCCGGUUGAGAUUCCAGAUUGCACCGCUUUGUGCAGCUGGACUUGUCGGGCCCGCCAACGUACCUCGUCGUGUCAUUUUGAAGUGAAACGAGAGUGGUUUGAGCUCUCCCGCCGUCCUUUAUCCUUUGUUCAACUCGCCCCCCCCCUUUCUCUGCUGUCCCUGCUUCCCUAAACACUUAUCAUUCGCCUGUACCGAAUGUCUCGCCU